CUCUGUGUCUCUGACCUAUAACAUCCAGUUGUUGUACAAUCUUCACAGAGAAAAAGAAAACACAAUGUUGAGUGCAGCAACUUCACCAGCAGCUGUCUCAUUUCUUUGCCAAAAUGAAGUUUAUUCAUCAUCAAAUCCUUUUCCAAUCUUAACUAACUCUGUUAAAUACCCAUUUUCCAAUUUCUCCAAAAACUACUCUCUAUCUUCUUCUUCUUCUUCACAAAGACCCUUUUCUUGUACUGUAAAAGUUUCAGUCUCUGAUGGUACUGAAACCAUUAAAGAUGAAGAAGGGAUUAACCAAACCCCUAAAGAGGAAUCAGCUUUAAAUUCAAUUGAAGAAGACAUUCGGCAAACUCGGAGGUCUGAUGAUUGGAAGGCGGCAAGAGCAUAUAAAGAAAAAGGAUCCAUCUAUGAGGGUAGGGUUGAAGGAUUCAAUGGUGGUGGUUUGCUGGUUCGAUUUUACACAAUACUUGGAUUUCUUCCCUACCCAUUGUUGAGUCCUUCACAUGCUUGUGAAGAGCCCCGCAAAUCCAUGCAAGAGAUUGCAAAAGAUCUUGUUGGCUCACUUAUUUCAGUGAAGGUAACCCAAGCCAGUGAAGAGGACAGAAAACUGAUCUUCUCUGAGAAGGAAGCCAUGUGGUCAAAGUAUUCUGGAAAAAUCAAAGUAGGGCAAAUUUUUGACGCAAGGGUAGGAUCAGUUGAAGACUAUGGUGCCUUUGUUCACUUACUCUUUCCUGAUGGCUACUAUCAUAUUACUGGACUAGUACAUGUCUCUGAGGUCUCGUGGGAUUUGGUACAGGAUGUUAGAGAUAUCCUAAAUGAAGGUGAAAAAAUUCGUGCCAAAGUUAUUCAAAUAGAUAGGGAAAGGUUGAGGGUUACAUUGUCAAUCAAACAGUUGGAGGAUGAUCCUCUUUUAGAGACAUUGGACAAAGUGAUUCCUCAGGAGGGCCAAUCAGGGUUUGAUUCUUCUACAGCAUCCGAUGAUGUCAACAUUGAACCUCUUCCAGGACUUGCUAGCAUAUGCGAAGAGCUACUUAAAGAAGAUGGAAUAACUGAUGUGAAGAUCAGUCGGCAAGGAUUUGAGAAACGUGUUGUUUCACCGGAUUUACAACUUUGGCUUUCAAAUGCACCUGCUGUUGAUAAUCAGUUCACCCUCCUUGCUCGAGCUGGCAGACAGGUUCAAGAAGUACAUCUUGAGACUACACUUGAUCUAGAGGGCAUAAAAAAGGCACUGCAGCGAGUGUUAGAACGGGUACCAUAAACACUGUCAGGUCCCCAGUUUUUGACGUCAACGUAGUCCUAAGUUGGUAAAAAAGAACUUUAGUGAGCAUGUAUUAUUCGAGACUGAAAACUUACAGUCAUUACCUUAUUUACCGUAUAUAUUUUUUUCUUGGUAAGAAUCUAGUACAGUGAUCUAUGCUGUUACAGGCGAGCUCGUGGCUCGCCUGGCCAUACGAAGUGGAAAGUGGAUGCCUCGUCAAUAAGACGCCCAAGGCACAAAAAGCGGGGAACUAUCUUUUUCUGGUCGUCUUGGGCUUGGCGCCUCUCCUCUCCCCUCGCAUAAAACAGAUGGUUAUUAGUUGGUUAGUAAGAAAUCAAAUUAACUGGUUUGCUCUUUACAAUGACAGUGAACUUCAACGUGAAGAUGAACUCCAACUUAUUAAUUCCCGUAAGAAUAUUCUUUAUCCCUUGACGGCGAAGCUGAUAAUCCUUAUAAAUGUUUCCCUCCUAAAGAAGUUGGGGAUCCCCUGUUUUCUCCGAAGAGAUGGAUAAGAUAUUGUAUCCUGAUUUGAAACAUAUGGAAAAUGCCACUGACCCAAUAAAGGCGUGAGAAGAACUUGGUGUUGCCCUAAAAGCACACAACGAUGAGAUGAAUAAAAUAAAGUAUCCUAAUGGACGUCCUCCUGUUGUUGAAUUGAGUGAUUCAGAUCUUGAACAUUAUCAAGUAUGGCAUAUGUAAAUUUGAGAUAAUUCGCUUGCCAUAUCUACAUUUUUAUUUUUAUUUCU